AUGGAGAGGGGCAACCACACGGUGACUGAGUUCAUCCUGUUGGGCUUCACAUCGGACCCUGGGAUGCAGCUGGUCCUCUUUGUGCUAUUUCUUGCAAUGUAUUUUAUGACUGAGGUGGGGAACACCUCCCUCAUGGUGCUCAUCUGUAACGACGCCCGGCUCCACACACCCAUGUAUUUCUUCAUUGGAAAUCUCUCUUUCCUGGAUCUCUGGCUCUCCUCGGUCUACACCCCAAAGAUCCUAGUGACCUGCAUCGCCAAAGACAAAAGUAUCUCCUUUGCAGGCUGUGCAGCCCAGUUCUUCUUCUCCGCUGGGCUGGGCUACACCGAGUGCUACCUGCUGGCCGCCAUGGCCUACGACCGCUACGUGGCCAUCUCCAAGCCCCUGCUGUACGCCCAGGCCAUGCCCAUGAAGCUCUGUGCAUUUUUGGUAGCAGCCUGCUAUCUUGGAGGCUUUACUAACUCUUCCAUCAUCACCAAGAAGACUUUCUCUUUCGACUUCUGCAAAGACAAUGUCAUCGACGACUUCUUCUGUGACCUGCUUCCCCUGGCCAACUUGGCCUGCGGCAGGAAGGAGGGCACCCAGGCUCUGAUGUACUUCCUGCUGACGUCCAACGUCAUCACGCCCCUCGCCCUCAUCCUGGCCUCCUACCUCUUCAUCAUCGCCACCAUCCUGAAGAUCCGCUCCGCCCAGGGCCGCCUCAAGGCCUUCUCCACAUGCUCCUCCCACCUGGCCUCUGUCACCCUGUACUACGGCUCCAUCCUCUACAUCUAUGCUCGCCCUGGAUCUAUCUAUUCUAGAGACAAUCUUGUUUCCAUCUUUUACACAGUGGUGUUUCCCAUGCUGAACCCUGUGAUCUACAGCUUAAGAAAUAAAGAUGUGAAACAGGCUCUGCACAAACUCAUCCAUAAAUCAAGCUGA